AUGCAAAAAGAACCCAACCAAGCCGACAACCCCACUUGGAAAACCGGUAAGGAGGCUUGAUGUUAUCCUUCUUUUCUUGUCCAAGAACAAGAUUUAGGAGCUUAGAAACCUUCUCCCCCUGCAGGAAAUCCUGGAUCUGCUCUGUCCUCACCGCCGGCUGCUCCUGCUUUGUGGGGGCUAAUUGCUUUGAUUUUUCGCCCCGUGAGCUUCCCCUGCACUGCCGGCGGCCUUCCCCCAACUGCAGCUCCGGUUUUUGCUGCUAAAUUCUGGAAGCGAAAUCAAGGACAAGGAAACGAGGGAAGUGACAAGUUAGAAGGCUAGCCAUCUUGUAAAUUUGACAUAGAUUUAGAUAUAAAUCAUGAUCUUGUAAGUUAGACUGUAUUUAGAGAUUUUAUGAUAUCAGAGUAAAUUUAUAAUUUUAUCUUCAGAUUUUGAUGGUAUUAGAUUGUGGUAUGAUAAGUUCUGACUCUUGUGCAUUUAUGGGACCCUCUCACGAGUGCACGACGUCUGCCA